UCUACAAGUUGAGGAGGACAAAGUAAACCAUCUGAUCAAAACCAACGGUAAACUACAAGCACAGAGAGAAGAGUUUGAGUACAACUUUGAGCAGGAGCAACAGCUGCGGACGGAACUAGAAAGGGGAAGACGGAAGCUUGAAGGAGACCUCAAAAUGACCAUUGACAGCCUGAAUGAAAUGGAGAAACUGAAGGUUGACCUGGAAGAAGUCAUCAAGAAGAAGGAGCUGGAGAUAAACACAGUGAGCACUAAACUGGAAGAUGAACAAUCGCUAACUGCUACUCUUCAAAGGAAGAUCAAGGAAUACCAGACCCGUGUUGAGGAGCUGGAAGAGGAGCUAGAGGCCGAACGAACCAUGAGAGCUAAGGUUGAGAAACAACGAGCUGAUCUUACCAGAGAACUAGAGGAUCUGACUGAUAAACUGGAGGAAGCAGGCGGAGCAACCGCAUCCCAGAUCGAGAUGAAUAAGAAGAGGGAGUCAGAGCUGCUGCGACUGAGGCGUGAGCUGGAGGAGGCCACCUUACAGUCGGAGUCCACGGCUGCAGCCCUUCGCAAGAAGCACGGGGAUACCGUGGUGGAAAUAACCGAGCAGUAUGAAAACCUGCAGAGGAUACGGUUGAAAACGGAGAAGGAAAAGCAAAGCAUGAAACUGGAAUUAGAUAACAUGACCCUCACCAUCGACAGCCUCCAAAAAGCCAAGGUGGGCAAUGAUGCCCAGAUCCGCAAGCUGGAAGACAUGCUGUCAGAAGCCACUUCCAGGAAUGAAGAGAUGCAGCGGUCGCUCACCGAGCAGAGCCUUGGCAAAACAAGACUAACAGCUGAAAAUAAUGACUUGAAUUGCCAACUGGAAGAAGCAGAGAGUAAAAUAGGUCAACUUAGCAGGUCAAAGAUCAUUCUGACAUCACAAGUUGAAGACUUGAAAAAGCAGAUUGAUGAAGAAUCAAAGUUGAAGAGCACAAUGGCUCUAAGUCUCUCAAGUGCCAAGCAUGACAAUGAACUGCUAAAGGAGCAAGUCGAGGAGGAGCAGGAGAGUAAAUCUGAACUGCAGAGAGUCAUUUCCAAACUAAACAGUGAGGUCACCCACUGGCGGACACGCUAUGAAACUGAUGCUAUUCAGAGGACUGACGAGCUGGAAGAGUCCAAGAAGAAGCUGACUUCCCGUUUGCAAGAGGCCGAGGAAGCAGUGGAGGCAGCGCAGGCUAAAUGCUGCAGCUUGGAGAAGACCAAACAGCGGCUGCAAGUAGAGGUGGAGGAGUUGGGAAUCGACCUGGAGAAGGCUAAUGCAGCAGGGGCAACCUUGGACAAGAAGCAGAGAAUGAUUGAUAAGCAGAUCUCAGACUGGCGUCAGAAGUGUGAGGAGAUCCAGACGGAACUGGAAUCCUCACAGAAAGAGUGCCGCCAGUACGCCACCGAACUCUUCAAACUGAAGACAUCCUACGAAGAGCUGAUUGAGCAAAUGGACUCGCUUAAGCGGGAGAACAAAACACUCCAAGAGGAGAUUACUGAUUUGACAGACCAGCUGGGGGAGGGUGGGAAGAGCGUCCACGAGCUGCAGAAAUCCAAGAAGAAGCUGGAGAUGGAGAAAGAAGAGCUGCAGGCAACUCUCGAGGAGUCGGAGGCCGCACUGGAGGCUGAAGAGAGUAAGGUGGUUCGAUUGCAGCUCGAGCUGACCCAAGUGAAGGCGGAGAUUGACCGCAGAAUCCAAGAGAAGGAAGAAGAGUUUGAGGCAACACGGAAAAACCACCAGCGAACUCUGGACUCGUUGCAAGCCAGCCUUGAUGCUGAGGUGAAAGGUCGCGGGGAGGCGCUGAGAGUAAAGAAGAAGCUGGAGAGUGACCUGAAUGAGCUGGAGAUCCAACUGGACCAAGGGAACAAGAACAACAGUGAGCUGGUGAAGCUACUGAAGAAGAUGCAACAACAGACAAAGGACAUGCAGACUCAGUUGGAGGAUGACACCCGGCAACAUGAGGAGCUCCGAGAGCAGUACAGCCUGGUGGAGCGCCGCUGCAGCGUGCUGUCCACUGAGCUGGAAGAAACCCACAGUGCCCUGGACAUAACCGACCGCGCACGCAAAAUCCUGGAGCAAGAACUGAUGGAGAUGACUGAUAAAUACAACGAGAUUAACACACAGUUCCAAGGAGCUACUGUCCUCAAACGGAAGCUGGAAUCUGACCUGCAGCAGCUGACAGCUGAGCACGAGGAGUUGACGAGUGAAUUCAGAGGCGCGGACGAGAAGGCGAAGAAGGUGCUUUGUGAGGUUGUCAGAUUAGCUGAGGAGCUGCAUCAUGAACAGGAGCACGCCCUGCACCUGGAGAGGAUAAAGAAGGGCCUUGAGGCGCAGAUCAAGGACUUAAACGUGAAAUUGGAAGAGGCCGAGCAGUUGGCCCUGAAGGGAGGGAAGAAAAUCAUUCAGAAACUGGAAGGUCGGGUGAAAGAACUGGAGGCGGAGCUGGACGCAGAACAAAAGCGUCACGGGGAGACCGUGAAGACCCUGCGCAAGAACGAGCGUCGGCUGAAGGAGCUGGUGUUCCAGGCAGAGGAGGACCAGAAAAACCAGCACCGCAUGCAGGAGCUGGUCGAGAGGCUCCAGAACAAGUUAAAGGCCUACAAGAGGCAGGUGGAGGAAGCAGAGGAGCAGGCCAACAUGAACCUGGCCAAGUACCGAAAGACAGUUCAUGAGUUAGAUGAUGCGGAGGAGCGCGCCGACAUUGCUGAGGCAGCACUGACCAAAAUACGCACCAAGAACCGGGCCAGCUUUGGCAAAGGCUACUCCUCGGGUUACAAUUCCCCCUUUGCCACCUUAGUCAGAUCCCCUAGCUCAGCGGGGUCAGAAGGACGAGGCGAGAAGAUCCUGAAUGAUGAUGAUUCCACCUCUCUCAUUCCCACCUACCUGAAUUCGCUGAAGAAACUGAUUGUAGAAUGACACGUAGAAGAACAGGCCACAUCUCGUGCACUAACUGUUCCUGGGAAAAACCACAUGGAAAAAGGCAGCACUGGGGGGCGUCGUAAAACAAAAUGAUGUGGACAGCUUGAUGCCUUUGCUGCGUAUUGUAAAUGGACAUCCAGACUGACCACUAUAAGCAGAGUUCAAGAGGUUCU